GCUGACGGCUUGUUCCGUGCGGAUUUUUUGUUUGUGCUGUAUGAGACUAUAGUGUAGAUUAUAAAAUCAAAUAGUUUGUGGCUUGUUUGUUUAAAAAUUAUACUGAGUGAACCGUGUAAAAUUAAGGGAUAUUAUUUUGAAAGUGUAUUAUGACUAAAGGUGCGAUGAGCUGGCGGACGCGAUGACGGUGUCGUAAUGCUGCAGUGGGGUGCGCCGGCCACCGCCAGGAACUUCGCGAUGUUUUACCUCGCCAGGUGGAAGCAUGUGGCCGUCGUCUUGCUCUUCAUCUGGAUUCUCGUCACGUACUUGGUCAUUUCACCGCUCAGGUGUAGUGGAAAUCCAGAUGAGGUGGCGGAGUACCAGGCACGGCUGCGGCAUGUAUCCACGCAGCUGGAUACCCUGCGGCAGCAGCACACGAAUCUCAUUGCACAGAUAAAGUCUUCGGGCCCAACAAGAAACGAACCAGUACAAACGACUAGGUCGAGCGGCAAAAUAAACAUAGACCCGUCAGCGUUGUUCGCGGGCGACGGUCCCUCGGAGGAAUACGAAACGUUGCGCCGGCGCAUCUACACCAACACCAAAGAGCUGUGGUACUACAUCAAGAGCGAGCUCAGGAAGGUGCUGAAUGACAACGACAAGACAAGUCGGAUAGAGGCCGUGCUGAAGGACGUUGGGGAAAGGAAGAGGUCACUGCUGUUCGACCAGCAGAAGCUGGCAGAGAUAGACGGGCACAACGAAUGGCGGCGGCUCGAGGCGGCCAACGUGAGCGAUCUUAUUCAGAGGCGGCUCAAGUAUCUGCAGAACCCUUCAGACUGCCGUGAAGCACGUAAGGUCAUCUGCAACCUCAACAAGGGCUGCGGCUUCGGCUGCCAAUUGCACCACAUCGCGUACUGUCUGAUCUUCGCGUACGCGACGGAGCGCACGCUCAUCCUGCAGUCGCGCGGCUGGCGGUACAACACGAAGGGAUGGGACUACGUGUUCUAUCCACUCUCGGAUUCCUGCACCAGUGCUUACGAAGAUAAGGCGCUUCAGUGGCCAGCGUCUUACGACGCGAAGGUGAUCUCGCUGCCUUUCAUCGAUUCGAUGUCGCAGAAGCCCAAGUUCCUACCGCUUGCUAUCCCAAAGGACCUCGCACAUAGGAUUCUGCGGUUCAACGGCGACCCGGCGUCGUGGUGGGUGGGGCAGAUGAUUAAAUUCGUGCUGCGCCCGCGCACCGCCAUGCAGAAGGCCAUCAACGAAACCAUCGCCAGGAUGAGCUUUAAGACGCCUAUCGUCGGGGUGCACGUGCGGCGCACGGACAAGGUGGGCACGGAGGCGGCCUUCCACCACAUCCACGAGUACAUGGCGCACGUGGCGCAGUUCUUCGACACGCUGGAGCUGGACGGGCCCGUGGCCGCGCGCCGCGUGUACCUGGCCUCGGACGACGCCAACGUGCUGGAGGACGCGCGCCGCAAGUACCCGCAGUACGCGUUCGAGGGCGACGCCGGCAUCGCCAAGCUGGCGGCCACGCACCGCCGCUACACGCCGCAGUCGCUGACCGGCCUGCUCGUGGACCUGCACCUGCUGGCCGCCUGCGACUUCCUGGUCGCCACCUUCAGCAGCCAGGUGGGGCGUGUGGCGUACGAGCUGAUGCAGGCGAACCGCGUGGACGCGUCGGAGUCUUUCUUCUCGCUGGACGACAUCUACUACUUCGGCGGGCAGAACGCGCACGACCGCGUCGCCGUGCUGCCGCACGACGCCUCGGGCGCGCAGGACAUCUCCUUCAAGGUGGGCGACAUGAUCGGCAUCGCCGGCAACCACUGGAACGGCUACGGCCGCGGCACCAACAGGCGAACGAAUGCGAAUGGCCUGAUACCCUGGUACAAAACAAUGGAGUAUCUCGUGCUGUAUCCCUUCCCGGAGUACAAAGAAGUGCCUCUCUACGUGGACACCAGGCAAGAACAGUGAACACAAUUAGUCCGUAACUUAGCUCUGAUCACAGCUAGGUACACAAAGGUGUCCCUGAAAGUUCUGUGUUGCAAAAUUAGUAGUUUGAAAUUGGGUACACUCAGUCCUUUCAAAACUUAUAAAUGUAAGAAUAAUAAAAUGCGGUGAAUCAAAUGUCAGGGCAAAUAGAAAAAACAGAGUUACUUUUCAACCUUUAACAAUAAAUGCGUCGAUAAUCAAAUUUUAUGAAAGAUAUCUUCAUCAAAUAUCUAGUUAUUAUCUUGUGAAACUAAAAAUGAUUAAGUUAUUGUGACAUUUAAUAAUAACUUUUCAUUACAUUCUGAGCAACUUUCACUUACAUAAACCGUCUGAAGCUGUGAAUUUUUGAACCUUCAUUGAGGGUUUUAUUGAAAAAAAAA